AUGCAAGAGACAAACCAGAACCAGGCUGAGGAAAUCUCUGGCUCAAUCUAUAUCUGCUACCAGAACGCCGCGACGUUGCUAAAAGAAGGAGGAGGAAAGAAGGCCGAGGUGUAG